UCCUCCUGGGGGGCCGGGAGCCUCCGCGUCCUUCUCGCCUCUCUUUGGGGGCGCUUGUGGGGCGGCAUCCAUGGCUUUGGCUGGGCUCCCCCUGGUGCUGCUGGUGGGGACGCUGGGCCGGAUCCCCGGGAGCGAAGGGGAGAAGGAGACCCCCGCCCAUUUCCUGCACCAGACGAAGCACGAGUGCCUCUUCCUCAAUGGGACGCAGCGAGUGCGGUACCUGCACCGCGACUUCUAUGACCGCCAGGAGAUCGACUACUUCGACAGCGACCUCGGGAAGUUCGUGGCUGUCACUCCGUUGGGGCAGCCCGAUGUGGAAAAGUGGAACAGAGACAAGCAGAUCCUGCAGGACCAGAAGGCCGCUGUGGAUUUCUUCUGCCGACAAAACUAUGAGAGGGGCAGCUAUGAGGCGGCCAAGAGGGAGGAGCGCCUGAUCGGCCGGAAAA